AUGGAUCAGAGUGCAUUCUUAUACGAUAAUUUACCUCAACCUUUAGAGAAUAAUGACCUGAUGUCUGAAGAAUGUCAUCAAUACAUUUCUAAAAUGAAUUUAAAUAAAACCUUAUUUAGAAUUCAAAGUCCUGAACCUUCAAUUCAAGAUGACUUUCUCUAAAAUGAAAUUGACUAAUCUUUUGAUGUAGAUUUCAUGUAUGUAAAUGAUGAGAAUAAAUGUCCUUAUGAUUAAGAUGAAGACAUUUAAUGUUCUAAAAAGAUUUAAAAAGCAAAAAAAUUAAAAAAGAAGAAUAAUGAUAAAAGAGGACCUUUGUCUGAAAAGGAAUUUAUAGAAAUAAUGAAAAAAUUGGAAUAGUGCCAGUAAGUUAUGAAUAUGAUUGACAAUAUGACUAUGAUAUUAAAUGGAUUUAAGCACUAAUUAUAGAAACAAAGGACUCCAAGUCUUAACUGA